AUGAAGAAUAGAAGAUUUCCAAAGAAAACGAAAGGUAAAAAUAAAACAGAACCAAAACGUGAAUUAACUAAUCAAAAUGAUUUUUACGAACAAGGAACAUUUGAAGAAGAACAAGCUGAACGUUGGUUACUUUCAGAUGUUAAAAAAAGUUUAAGAUAUUAUGUUGAAGCUUUUAAAAUGUAUGAGUUAGGAUUAUCUUGUAUGAAGGAAUCAACUGAAAGGACUAUUUAUAACAUAUCUUAUAAUGAAAGUAGAUUAUUAUUACAAAUCUAUACAGAUUAUUUGGCUAAUGAUGGUUAUAUUAAUAUUUUACAAUAUAUUAAAUUAGAUGAUAUACCAAAUGUUAAUGAAAUAUUGAAAACUUUACCAACAAUUGUUAAUAAUUUAGAAAAUGUUUAUAAUAAGUUUAUUAAUAAUGCAAAAAUUGAUACUUGGGAUUUACAAUAUAAUUUAUUAACAUCAUAUUUAUCAUUAUUAGAAUCAAAUGAAACUUAUCAAUUAUCAAGUGGUGAAAUUAUUCAAAUUUGUAAUAAAUUUGUUGAAAUGUCUCAAUUAUUAAUUAAGAGACAAAUAAAUGAAUUAGAAAAUUGGCUAAAUUUUAUACCACAAGAAAAGAAGGAUCAAAAUGAUAUAAACUUAACUAAGGAUACAUUGAAUGAAAAUUCGUCUAGUAAUAACAAUGUGAAUAAAGAUGGAUCUGGAAUAAUUCUUAAUCCAGAAAAUAAUAAACCACACGAGGAAGAGAUUAUGGAAGUUUCAGAUCAAAUCACUGUAGAGACAUUAUCUGAAGUAUUAUUAAAUUCUUAUAAAUUUAUUGAAGUGAUCCUUGAAAUUAUUAUUCAGAAUAAAAUGAUAAUUACAGAUGUAUCGAAAGUCGAGACAUUGAAUGUUGUUCAAAUAAAUUAUUUAUGUGAUUUAGUUGAUAAAUUAUAUGCACAAAUAGAAGAUAUUAUAAUCACAGAACUUCAUGGAAUAAACUUAGAUUUAAAAGAUAUUAAUGUUACAAAAUUUAGCAUAGAGGGUGAUAAAAAAAUAUUACAAGGAGAUUUAGAUGAAUUUUUAAAAUUUGAAGAAAUUGAUAUAACAGAUCCUAAUUGGGAUAUAUCAUUAGCAUAUCAAAUGAUUAAAAUAGAUGCAUUAGAAUUGUCUAUUGAUUGUUUUACAAAUCAAGAUUCUAUGAUGGAAUGGGAAUUAGCUGGAUUGUUAUCAAAAAAAUUAUCAAUAGUGAGUCGAUUGUUAUCAGCAAAGAGAUCCAAUAUAUUAAGUAAUGGUAAAUUUGAUCAAUUACAAAUGGAUCAAUUAAGUGAGAUUGUUUUCAAACUUUGUAAUAUUUAUAUUAUAAAUUCGGAUAAUGAAUUAAGGAGAUAUAUGAUUAAAUCAACUGAUAACGAUGCAACAAAAUUAAUUAAAAUAUUAAUGAAAAACGCAAAGACUUUACUUUCAAAUGGGCAAACGAUCUCUAAACAAUCAUGUGGGAUGCAAGAAACGAUAGUAGAUAAAUUGAAAAGAAACUAUAUAUAUAAUCAAGCUACAACUCGUCUUCAAAUGAUCGAACGUUAUGAACAAGAACGAUCAGGUACAACUACAGAUUCGCCCAUAACACACACAGACCUUGAAUCGUUGGAUGUAACCAUUCAGGAUUUACUUAGAGAUCAUCCAUUUUAUUCGGGAUUACUCUAA